AUGACUGACUCUAUGACAGUAUCUCGUAUCAAGAAGAUUGUUCAACUUGACGAGGAUAUUGUACAAUGUUCCAACAACGCGACCUUCGUCAUCGCUAUGGCUACUGAAAUGUUUAUUCAAUAUCUUGCUGAGCAAGGCCACAAUGUGGUAAAAUCAGAACGCAAGCCACGAAAGACCGUCCAAUACAAAGACCUAGCCACGGCUGUGUCACAUAUCGACAAUCUCGAGUUCCUAUCCGAUGUCAUCCCCAAGACUACAACCUACAAGCAAUUCAAGGAGAAGAAGGCGAAGGAGGCGUCCGCACCGGGAGAGUUGGAGAAGGGCCAGCGCACAUUGAACGGCACCACUCCAGCGGCUAGAGAACAAAAUGGCGAUACCCCAGUAGAGUCAGCAACACAGCCAGAAGGCUCGAGUCAAUCGCCGACUAUGCCUCGUACACCCGUGGUGCCUGUGAGUGCGCUGAUGGCGGAUCGUACAGUCACUUCAUCUGCACGCCACGACCCUGAUGUUGAAAUGAAGGAUUAA